UGCGUACCGGUCGCGAUGGCUUCGACGGCUAAGAAAGCGAAGAAAACGGCAGACGCACUGAUCGAUGAGCCGGAGGCACUGGAGGCGGUGGACAGUUGCCAGAAUGACAUCGAUGCCCUAAACGAGCAAGCAAGUGAGGAAAUUCUGAAGGUAGAACAGAAGUACAACGAGAAACGGAAGCCGCUGUACCAGAAGCGGAACGAGUACAUCAAGCGUAUUCCCACCUUCUGGAUGACGGCUAUUAUGAAUCACCCACAAAUAUCCAGCAUUCUGGAGCAGGAGGAAGAGGAUUGCCUACAGUACCUCGAGAAGCUGGAGGUGGAAGAGUUUGAAGACAUCAAGAGCGGAUACCGAAUUUUGUUCCAUUUCGAGGAAAAUCCAUUCUUCGAAAAUUUGGUACUCACCAAGGAGUUUAAGUUGGGCUCGAAUGGAGAAAGUCCUUCCUCGACGAGCACUGCGAUCAAGUGGAAACCGGACCACGAUCUGACUAAAGUGCUGCCCAAGAAGAUGGAUAGUAACCGCCGGAAGCGGGGCCUGGAAAAUAGAACCUUUUUCGAUUGGUUUACCGAUAAUAAUGAUCCCAUCAACGAUGACAUUGCCGAGCUGAUCAAGGAUGAUCUGUGGCCGAACCCGUUACAGUACUAUCUGGUGCCGGAUAUCGAAGUCGAACCGGAAGACGACGAAGAUGGGGAGGGUGGUGACGAAGAGUUUGGGGAAGAAGGGGAUGAGGAGGAGGUAGAUGAGGUGGAAGAUGAAGAGGAAAAGACAUCUUAGA